UGGAUUCAUUGAGCAUAGAUUUCCUCUGUGAGAACUUCAGCCUGAUUGUUGAGACUUUUUGGGAAAAGUCUUUGUGAACUGAAGAGGGUAGAGGUGUCACACCAGCUAUGAAGACCAGCAUCCUGCUUAUGUCCCUUUGGGGGUUGUCCUGUGCUCUCCCAGUAGCCAGGUAUCAAAAUACUGAAUCCAAGAGCUCUGAAGAAUGGAAGGGUCACUUGGCUCAGACACCAACACCACCUUUGGAGAGCAGUGAGUCAUCAGAAGAGAGUAAAGUUAACUCAGAGGAACAGGCAAAUGAAGUCCCCAGUGACAGUGCCGAAUCAGAGGAGGGCCUUGAUGACCAUCAAUAUGUGUAUAGACCAGCUAGUGGCCUUUCUAGGAGCGGAGGGAAAGAAGGAUAUGAUAAAGAUGAUGAUGAAGAUGACAGUGGAGAUGACACCUUUGGUGAUGAUGACAAUGGCCCAGGACCUGAAGAGAAUCACGGAGGAAACUCCAGAUUCAGAAGUGAUGAGGACUCGGCUGACAGCACACAAUCCAGGGAAGAUAGCAGCCCACAAGGGGAAGACAGUGCCCAAGAUACCACCAGUGAGAGCAGGGACUUUGACUAUAAGCACGAGGUAUACAGCAGGCCUGAGGGAGAUGGCUCAACUCAAGAGAGUGAGAGUGAGGAGCACUGGGGGGGAGGCGGCAGUGAGGGGGAUAGUAGCCAUGGGGAUGGCUCUGAGUUUGAUGAUGAAGGAAUGCAGAGUGAUGAUCCAGACAUCAGGAGUGAGAGAAGCAACUCCAGAAUGAACACUGCCAGCGUCAAAUCAAAAGAAUCAAAAGAGAACAAUGAUGAUCAAGCAAGCACUCAGGAUUCAGGUGAGAGCCUAUUAGUGGAGUAUCCCAGCAGGAAAUUUUUCAGAAAGUCCCGCGUUUCUGUGGAAGAUGACAGAGGUGAGCUUGAUGACAACAACACAGUGGAAGAAGUCAAGAGUGACUCCACAGAAAACACCAACUCCAAAGAAGCUGGCCUCAGCCAAUCCAGGGAAAACAGCAAGAGUGAAUCUCAAGAAGACAGCAAUGAGAAUCAGUCCCAGGAAGACAGUCAAAAUGUCCAAGACCCCAGCAAUGAGUCUAGUCAAGAGGUUGACUUGCCAUCUCAAGAAAACAGUAGUGAAUCUCAGGAAGAGGUAGUGAGUGAGCCCCGGGGUGACAACCCGGAUAACACCACCAGUCACUCAGAUGAAGAUCAGGAAGAUAGUGACUUCAAUGAAGAGGAUGGCUUGAAUAAAUCCUCCAAUUCAGAAAGCAAAUCCAGAGAGGAGCAAGCUGACAGUGAGUCCAAUGAGAGCCUCCAAUUCUCGGAGGAAAGCCCGGAAUCCACUGAGGAGGAGAACAGUUCUAGCCAGGAGGGCCUCCAGUCUCACAGUGCCUCCACAGAGAGCCAGAGCGAGGAAAGCCAGUCAGAGCAGGACAGCCAGUCUGAGGAAGAUGAUGACAGUGACUCUCAAGAUAGCAGUAAAUCAAAAGAAGACAGCAACUCUACUGAGAGCAAAUCAAGCAGCGAGGAAGAUGGCCAGGUGAAAAACACUGAGCUAGAAAGCAGAAAAUUGACAGUCGAUGCUUAUCACAACAAACCCAUUGGGGAUCAAGAUGAUAAUGACUGCCAAGAUGGCUAUUAGCAUCAGCUUUCCUAAGAAGUGGCUCUUAUGUAAAGGAGUCUUGGGGGUUGGAGAUCAGGGAAAUCAUUAUAACUAUAAUUUAUUGAUGUUUUUAUCAGAAGGAUAACCAGAGGCCAUUUCUUUCGGAAAGGAAAUGUUGGAUGUUAUAUUUGUGUCUAGGGUGUCACCAAACAUAGAGGUUUAAGUACUCAAUGAGAACACACUCAAUGAGACUGGAAGCAAGGAAAGAUGUGCAUUAUAGCUUUGCAGCUGAAAUAGUUCCUAACUCAUUAACCUAACAAACAGUUAUUGAGGUUCUAUUAUGUACCAGGCACUGUGCUAGGUGCUGGGGAUGUAAAGAAGCUUAAGACUUGUUUCUUGCUCCUGAGGAGCUUAUAGAGGGAUAAAUAAAGCUAAACAGCUAAAGAGGAAUACAUAUGAAGGAAAUAAGAAUUAUUACAAUCCAAUGUGGUGAGUGCUGUAAUUGAGCUAUGAAGAAAAUAUAUGGGAGCCCAGAAAGGGGUGACCAGCUUUGCCUUGGAGAAUCAGGGAGGGCUUCACAGCAGAAAAGACGCAGGAGUUGGAGCACUGCGUAGGAUUUCUCCAUCGAAGAUGAGAGAAUUCUAUUUAUUCUUGGGAUAAACAAUAGUAAAUCCUAUAUGAUUGAAUAUUUAGUCUGUGAAAGCACAUUCAGGUUAUGACAUGAAGAGGUGUUUUGGAUAAACAAAACUUUUUUUUCCAAGCAAUUAUCCUUUUGAUGUUUUUUGUGGAACUGCCAUGAGCAUUGCCUCACUGAUCACUAGUGAUGAUAUGGAAGACUGGGUGGGGGAGAGUGGAAGAAGACAAUUCCUCUUUAACUAGAUAACUUUUAGCUUUAUUUUUUUCUAAAAUAAGUCUAUGUGCAAUGCUAGAAAAACUCUUCUCUGUGUCCUUUACAUAUGUUGCACAUAGCAAAAUUGUGUAUACAGAAUUCAACUGAUUUUUGCGAAAUACCCUUUGAAAUGUUACCUCAACUUAAAGUAUGUGUUUUGUAAUAAAGAUAAUAA